GUUCAACUGAGAGCAAACUUGGAUAUGCCCCCGUCAUUGAAGCCAAGCUGGCUUGCUUGGGAGCCAUUGAGAGCAAGGAUCUUGCCAAUCCGGAUUUUCUGCAUGGCGAGAUGUUGGUGGCUGCCCUUGCAGACGGCCAGGCUGGCCAGGUACAGGUGCAGGGUGCGUUAAACAAGAAGGAGGAUGAUGAGGAAGGCAGUUGCCUAAUGUCUGUUGCUGCUCCAGUCGAAUGCCGAACACCGCCGUCAAAGUCUGCUGUUGGGGAUGAUGGCCAGCCACAUGCUGCAAACGAAGCUACUGAGGCAGACGAACAAAUUGAGGUGGCGCAUCUCGAUGUGACGGCAGAUCUGUCUUCCCAAUUCCCCAAUGCCUUGAUAAUCCAUGGGCUGAAGCACGCGAUAGUGCGCCGAAAGGCGAUAGUGCGGCGAAAGGCGAUAGUGCGGCGAAAGGCGAUAGUGUGGAACCCGCUCAAGAAGCGCCUCAGAGCAUUGAGCACUCUCCUUUCCAUCCAGUACCGGGAGCGCUUCGUGGUUGAGAUUCUGUCUGAAGAUGUACCUGAGGUAUCUGAGCUGGAGGUGCCGUUGAGGCGACACUGGUCGAAGAACAACUUCCGGAUGGGCAGUCGAGGCGCUCUUGCGCAUGAGAAUGUCCACGUGGUCCAGAAAGUGGCCAAACAGGUGUUAAUGCUUUAUGACACAGCCGAUGCCACAACUCCUGGUCCUGGUUGCUUGCGCAGGAUGACACGUCGUUUCUGCCAGAAAGAUUACAAUGGUGGAGCCGAUGAUCCCGGACUUAGACCACUGAUUGAGCGCCUAGCUAAGGGGGAGCACUACGCAGAUUUCCUGCCCCACGAGAAACAGCCCCUGGCGAAGUGGUUGUCAGCGUUUCGGCACGUGUCUUGUCUUCAUGUUCGGUGCUGGGUGGCAGGUGGGGCUGGGUUGCCAAAUUUUACUAGCUGA